AUACCUUUCCGAAAAUGGCGUCUCCCACUGAACAAAGCGAAGCGUUUCUGCAACCAACCACUGAUAAAUCAAAUACAGACUUAUCUGAGAAUAUUAAUUCAUCGGUAUGUAUUUCAGGUUUCAAAAUUGUUUGGGUAAAACCAGGUUGUAUGGAACGAUUGUGAAAGCGUUUUCUCAGUGCCUUGUCCUAUUUGGUAAAGAGCGUUUCCAUCAAUUUUUAACAUUUUCAGCCAUUAUUUAACGAUUUUUUUGUUUUGUUUUGCUUUGGGGUAAUUGGAGAAUUAUUAACUUGACCAAUGUAAUGUGAAUAAUGUUAUUCUUAUAAUUAUCACAUAUAAGUUUGUGUUGUUAACAUAUAUUUUGUGUUGUUAACUAAUUUUGUGGCAGAUAAAAUCAUGUUUCUCUGGUACAGUAAUAAAUAUAAUCAUGGAUUGAGAGUAGCAGUAAAAAAAUCGCUGUAGGGGCAGGGGUUCUGUAGAGGGGGCACUGUAAGUAAUACUUUCACUCAAUUAUAGCUUUGCAUGGAAGCUGAAAACUGUUACAUAUAUGUCAUCAAAAAAAAAAAAAAAUCAUAAAUGAUAAAUUUUUUUAAAAAAUAAAUCGAAUUUAUUUCCUGAAUUAGUAAAACCAACCACAUGGUCAUAGCAAAAUAUAAAAACCGAAUCAAUCAGAAUAUAUAACUAGACUUAGACCAUGGAAGUGCCUUUUAAAAAAUCUUAGACUUAGGCUUAGACUCUAAGAAAUGUAGAAUUUGACUUAUACUUAUAAUUAUAAUAUAUAAGAUACAAGCAAUAAUACUAAUAAUAGCACUAAUACUAAUACUAUUGCUAUCAUCAAUUUCAAUAUUAAUUAAAAUUAAUUCAAUUUUAACACAUUAAAAGUUAUAGUUCAAAACAACCCGUUAUGCAGCUAAUUACGCAUAAUACUUUUUUUUUUAAUUGCCAAACAAGCGAUUGAUAACCUUAUUUGGCUAAAUUCCCUGAGAGUUAUACGCAGUCGGCUGUGAAUAACCCUCAGGGUUAUGCGCAGUCGACUGCGUAUAACGCUUCCCUUUAUUAAAUGAAAUAAUUUCAGCCUAUACAUUAAUUUUGUGGCGAACAAAGCUACUUUAUUGUAUCUUUCUAGAUAUGCAGCAAGAAGUCUUAACUAUCUGGUUUUGCUCCCCUUGGUCAGUUAAAAAACGAGUGCUACAGUUACACACUGUGGUAAGGAAAGUACAAAUGAAGAAAAACAAUACACAAUAUUUUUUUAAAAAUGAGAACACAAUUUACAGUUUCCUUGAAUACACUUAUACACACUUAAUUGCAGGCUCCACCAAACAUAAAAUCAAAAAGUAGUAAUUCAGAAAAAUAAAUAGUAUAGUCAUGACUAUUCCCAUUUUCCAAAAUGCCUGAAAAUUUAAAUUUUAUAAUUAGCCACCCAAUGAAAUUAUAAUUUAAAAUUAAAGGAAAAAAAAAGGUAAUUCUAGUAACAAUCGAAGAAUAAACAAAAAAAUAAUCCAAGUAAUCCUAUGCUGAAACUCAAAGUGGCGCACUGAACAAAAUUUAACCAAACUUUUUUAGUCUACUAGGCCUGGCUGAUCCAGGAAGGUUGAGGGCUGCCUUGACAUGAUCAUUUAAAUCAGGGGUCCCAUCUCACAUGCAGCCCACCAUAUUAAAUAUUGUGGCCAGCUUUAUGCAUCAUAAAUGAACAUAUUUCUUCAAUCAAUUAGCGAUUAAUUUCAUUCUUGGCAUAAACGCAAAUUUGAAAUACAUCAGAGACUUUAGCUUUCAUGCACCAUAUAAUAAAGGUGUACUGGGCCCUCUUUUGGACGGAUUGAAAAAAAAAGUUAUAUUCAAAUUAAUAAUUUUAAAUAAAAAUUAUUAGAAAAUAUUACUACUUAGGAACUACUAAAAUUAAAAGAAUUUAAAUAAACUCAGCUAAAAGGGAACCUAAAUACUCCACAUAACUUUUGUUGUUAACGGUUAAGUGUUGAAUGAUGCAAAGCUAAAUUCAGUUAUGCGUCAAAAUGCAUUGCUGCUCAGGCCCCUUCCCCAAUUUCACCCUGGAUACUUGGCUGGGAGUCCUUGUUUUCCGCUCUCCCUCCCCACCUUUGUUGAUCAAGUGGAAAUUAUGGACACCUUUUUAUCUACUUAAUGUAUUAUAAUAUAAAUAUGUUAAAGAGUUAUAAUUCUUUUAAAUAAAUCAAAUUUAUUAAUGUGUGAGGCUGCACAAGUUGAUGUGUUAUCAUCGGAGAAUUAUGUGCAUUAAGAAUAAAUAAAUACCUAUGUAAGUGACGAAAUAUAGAAAAAAUUGAAUGAAUUACCAACAGUUUCAAAAUGGUUGCAUAAAAAUAAUUUGAUCACCAGUUUGGAAGAUUGCUUAAUCUGCUCCUGCUCAUUUGUUCCUUGCAAGAAAUAUUAGCUAUGCUGCCUCAUAUAUUAUUAAAUUAUAUGCGUUAUUUUACUUGCUAAAGAUUUGAUCCAUAUUUUCUCUAACAAAAUUUUGAUAAGCCUACAACUCUUAUAAAUAGUUGGCUAUUUAUAAAAUGUGGUAACUUUUUCCAAGCUUGAUUCACAGAGAAAUGGUCACCCUAUCUCAGAGUUUAUUAACCCAGUUGCCUGCACCUUAUAGGGGAAUAGGAGGCAGGUUCAGGGGUGCAGGAAGACCCAGAAAAAUCAGGUUUAUUCCCAUUUUUAUUAGCAUUUUCCAACAUGGGGAUGUGCGAAAUGUUUUGAAAUCGAAAUGGGGGCGCGGGAAAUGUUAUGAAAUAAAGAGAAGGGGAGGUGCUGCAAAAAUAUUAAGAACCCCUGCCCUAGUGUUUUUUAAUAAGAAAUUGAAUUUUGAGUGAUGUAUUUUAUCCUUCUACAAUUAAGAUAAAAAUAGUUUUUUUCUAUGAUUAGCACACGAAAAAUUUCUCUCCUCUUUUAGUGGUUCCAUGUAAUCUUGUUCACUGUUUUUAAAGCAAUACUUCAGUUAGAAGCUGUAGUUUAUAUACUUUUGAGGUUCUGAGAUAGUCAGGAAGAAAGAAGGUAGUAAUCAAAUUAGAACCGCUAGAUGUGUGAUUUGAGUACACUUAUCUUAUAUCAUACACAGUAGCUCAGUAGGACUACUACUUCUACUAGAAGGCAUGGCAUUGGCUGCUGUAGGUCUAUUGACUCCAAAUGUCAGUAGUCUGAAAAGUUUUGAGCCAUAACUAUUAAGUAGGCUUUAUUUUAUCCAAUUCAAUUUUAAAUUAAAAUUUCUUACUAUUUUCUUAUUUAUAGUAAUAAAAAAAAAUACAAUUUAAAAUUAUUAUUUUUUGGACAGAAAAAUCAAUAGUAUGGUCUAUACAAUACCCAUAAAUAGCAAUUGCAGUAAUCAUUCAUAAAGGUCUAAGUGUAAGUUAGAAUAGGAAGUUGUUUGAAAAAUAUCUUAGUACCUUAGUACAAAACCUUUUGCGCAAUUCAAAACAAAGAAAUAGUGUCUGCAAGUACAAUUAUUUAUUAAAAGUUCCAUAAAGAAAAAUAAAAAUGUAUGAUAAUUAUGUAGUUGCCAUUAACAUUAGUCUUGAUCACAGAUAAUAUUAUUGACACAUGUUUUCACUGAUUAAAGAGCGUAAAACGUGAUUGGUUUUGAACUUUUAAUUUCAUUUUUGUUCCCCUUUACUUAUUCAAAUAGUACAUUUAUAAAUGUGCUUUGUGAGGCCUUCUGUUAAGUGGAGCUACUACUAUAAUAUUCAAUGGUUGAACUGCCAUAAGUGCCUGAACCAUAUUAUGAUUUUUUUUAAAAAAACAGCAAAUUUGUAACUUUUCAGGACACAUUAAUUAGGAACCAAAGACAGUUAUCAUCCAGUGAUAUCAAGACAACCUAUGUUUCGUCUCACAGAAAAGAAGAAUUUGACCCUGUAUUAUUUCUUUGCCAAUUAUGCAAAUAAGUUGUAUUUCAUUUUUUUUAAAGGCACAUAUAUUCAUUGUUUCAAUUUUCAGUAUUUGAGUUAAGCGGUAAGGGGUUCCAUUUAAAAAAAAAGUAAAAUGUUUUUUCAUACAUUCAUAUUUAAGGUUAAAGAGCAAGUACAAAAUCCACCUGCAGAAUUAAGUUCUGUGUCGCAACAUGACAGUAAAGUUUUACAGUGUUCAAAGUUCACUGAUAGCAUCUCUGAAUCUUUCUCACCCAAAGAGAUGACAUCAGAAUUCCUACACCAUGCUGUUGAGGAGGGAGCACCUUCUGUCGGCUCAGCCUUCCAUGUUGUCUGCCAUAUCGAUGGUCAUAAAGAAUUAACCUCUGGUAUAUCAGAAAACGAGGUCAGUAAAGAUGAGCCUCCUAUUUCGACUCACCGUAUGGACACUGAAGAGCGAGAGAGUCACGCAAAGCACUUUUCAGCCCAUGUAGUUGAACAGGAUGGUGUUAGAAAUAUUGAUGCUCCAGAGAAAGAAAGUGAAUCAAAGAAAAGAAGACAAGAUGCUGCAGAAUUAAGAGAAGAAAAUAAUUUGCUUGAUAUUGACAAAGGGAACUCAGAAAUUGGGUGUGUUGGGGAAAUAGAUGAUGCUGCAGAGAAAGCUCUCCUUGCCGACAAUGAUGAGCCUGGGCAACCUGUCAGGCAUGUGCAUCAGGAUACGGAGGGCUCUCAAACUUCUGCUGAUGAAAAAGACAACCCUGAAAUAAAGUUUCUCAAGCCAAGCAACUUCAGUGUUUUAGGAACUAACAUAAAAAAUACUCCGAUGGUCAACACCAGCGUUGAUAAUGAUGUUGAAAGGGAGUUGGUAAAUCAGAAGAAUGUGCACACGCACGUCCCAGAAAAAGUUUUCAACAUUGACGAAGAGACCAGAAUGGGGUUAGACCAGACCCCUGUCGACAACAAUGUUAUUGAGGCCCCUUUCACCCAUCCUUCGUUACCUCCUAAAAAGUUGUUUCAAACGGACGACACUAAAGACUCAGAUAUCUCCGAUAUUGAUACAAAAAUGUCAGCCACAGCUGACACUGAAGACAUGCGCCUGAUAAACACGCUGAGUGUUGAUGAUGCAACUAAAGACUCGGCAGCUUCAGAUUCUAAUAUGGAGACUCCUCCUUCAAAGAAGGCUAGGAGAGCCAGUCGAGAAGGUCUUGGCAUUAGUAUAAUUGAGAGUCUGGAGGCUGGACAGUAAGUAAUUGUUGCCUUUCAUUUUAAUUAUGUAUUUUAUUUUUUUAAUUUUAAGUUAUAAAUAACUCAUUCACUCGUACUUUUCCUAGUAAACUCUAUACUAUUUCAAUAUUAACCAAAUCUAUUUCUUUUCAAGUAUUUUAAUAUGAAAUAUUCAUUAUAUUUUCAAAGUAAUGUUUAUACUUCAUUUGCAAGUUUAAAUGAUUAGCACAUUAGGAAGCUUAGGUCAUUUUCUUAAGAGUAAAGGGGAUUGGCUAUAUUAAAGAUGUACACCUGUAUUUUUAUCUAUUUGCAACAAAUCAGUCUAGUUCAUCUGACGAGCAUGCAUUAAUUGCAUUACAUUAGCUUCUGUAGUAAGCUGUUUGUCUCCCAGGUGGGAGGAUAAAUGGUGUGUCCAAUUAAUGAUGUGGGAUUUGAAUCCAAGACCAUUUUCAAUGCUGUGUCUUACUGAUCAGUGGCCAAUGGUUUUCAGCCUUAUCAUGGCCAACCAUACAUCCCAAUCUUCAUACUGUCCGGCAGGGCUGUGUCUAAAAUAAACUUUGUUACUUUUCCUUAAAAUCUUAUCCUAUAUAGUUCAUUGUUUCUUAAACUCAUUGUAAUUGGACAUUAUUUUUUUUUUAUCAAGGAGAAUUUUCAGUGCUGAGAAUCUGUUCGAGUACCAAUGGCCAUUAGAUGGUGGUGAGUGGCAUAUGCUGCAGGAGCAGGUCAGCGAGUAUCUCAAAAUCAAAUCAUUCAAAAGAAAGUACCCAGGUAGCUAUGUGAUUUGUCAUUAUGUUUAACUUUUGCCAGCAGGGCCCACUCACAUACUCCAUUUAUUAAUGUCCUUUAAGUAAACCCACUUGUUUAUUUGCUAUCAUUUUAUGUCAGAAUGAAAUCAGAUGAAAAUAUCAUUUAUUAUAAUGUAAAUUCUUAGCACUAGUUAUGGUCGAGCUCAGUGGUCGGCAAAUCGUGGCUUGUGAGCCGCAUACAGCUCUUCAGCCACCUGAGUGCUCUCGGCCAGUCAGCCACAAAUCGGUUUUGACUCCCAAAAACAUGGGCUUUGAUAGAUUCUUGAAAAGAAAUUUGGCUCUUUAAAAAAAAUUAAUCAUCCUGCUGCUGAUUUUUAGCUCUUUUGACGAAUGAGUUUGCCGACUGCUGAUCUAGCUUUAUACAGAUCUUGUAUUGGACUAAAUGUAUUGCUUAAUUGCUGUCUUAAUAAUCUAUGUUUUGUUUUUUUAAACUCUGUUUCAGACCUGCUGUUAAGCAUAUAAAGAUACAUAAAUAUUAUUGUAUUAUAAUUCUUUUAUGGAUCGAGAAAGUAAAUCUAUUACAUUCACACAUCCUUACAAAAUAAUUGCUAGAAUAAAUCUGGCAGGUUAUUAGAUUAAGCCUGUUAUAUGGUCAUAAGUCAUGUAAAUUUUACUUUGACGAAUAAAACAUGUGUGUUAAAAUAUCAGAUCUAUAUAGGCGUACAUGUGACAAGGAGGAGAAAGAUUUUUUGAGAGAGAAAGGAGUUGUUACUGAAACCCAGUCAGAUCUUGGUAAGUCAUUACAAGCAUAUAAAAUGUAAAUUCUUUAAAUGUAUAAAACUUAGUUACUUGUGUACUAAUUUGCAGUAUGGUUUUUGUAAAUAUAUGUCAAAUAUCUGAAAUCUUUGCAGCAAAUAAAAAAAUUAAUUUAAUGAAAAGCAAAUGGCAAUUAAAUUUCAUAUAUCUAAUAAUCAAGUUUAAAAAAAAAAUAUUGUGAUAAAUGAAGAUCAUAGAAUAAUUUUUAAAAGAAAAUCUGUAGCUUACUUAUAUAUGUUUUCAUUUUUUUGUGUUUUUGUAAAUGUAUGUUUCUAAAAAUAUACCAAUUUUUGUGACAUCAUUUGAAUACUACAAAGACAUUAUUUGAGAACAGGAUCAAUGCUACAUACCUCUGUAGUUAAUGUAUUUCUCUCGAAAAUGUGACAGAGAAACAAACCUUGAGUACUAUUUAUAAGGCCGAGCUUGAGGCCACCAUCAAGAGAUUCCUCUGCCGCCACCAGCGUGUGGCUAGUUAAUUGCAAAUCUUGACAGAGGUGGGGGCUGUGUGAUUGGUAAAGACUGAACUGUGACUAGAGCGCCGCAUGGUGUCUCCUUAUUUCAUUUUCACCCAGCAGGUGAUGCAGCUAUUGUCUCAGCAGUCAGCUAAUUUUCUCGUUUGUUUUUGGUUAGGGUACAUGCCAAGUAGGAAAUGAGUGAAAGCUGAGAUUGAAAAUGAAUGAGAAAAAAAAAUGAUGUAAGUCAUGGUCAUCAAUUUCAGUGACCCAACUGAAUCACUUAAGGAAGAAAAGUAUAAAAAUUACUUUUAAUUUCAUCUUCUGAGGAUGCUGCAUUGAAAAAAAAAAAGUUAAAUUCUUUGAUGUUUUCAUACUAUGUAAUGUGAUGAUUUAUUUGUUCCUAUUAAUAAAUUAAAGUGAUAUUUCAUCUGUAGUUUUUUGUUUUUUUAGAGAGCCAAUAACCUUUAAAUUGUAGCAAGCAUCUUUUAGUUAAAUGCAAGUUGAUUUUUUUUUUAUGCAGCAGAGUAGUCAAAUUAAAAGUCUGCUAAGGUGCCAUAUGACACCACCAUCAUCGCCGCCAGCUCACAGCUUGCCCAAGAGAAACAUGCUGGUGUGCCCCAGGGCUAACGCUGUGACCAAGCAGUGUCACCAAGGGGAGAUAAUUAGCCCCCAAACAUCCUGUGUUGAUGUGGUCACAAGACCAGAGUUAUGAACCAUAAUUAUGCUGUCAUCUGCACAGCAGGGGCCCUGACAGAAAUUUGAAACUUUCCACAUAACCAUAGGGUGUUUACCUGCCUGAUUUGGCAUUGUAUUUGAACAAAUGGCAGCAAGAAAAAAAUAAUUCCAUCCACACAGGCCCAGCUAUAGUUACCGGUAGAAAUAUAUUUAUAUAUAAUUUAGGAUUAAGUUGAGAUUCUUCUUGCUGGCACUUCCCUUGUGUUUUUAUAUUGUAAACUCUUAUAAAUGAUUCCAUCAAUAGGUUUGACAGCACUUAGAAGCGAGGAGGUGUAUGACUUGAUGAUGAAAGAUUAUAAUGAGAAGUAUAAGGUAUGAAGAUUGGCAUUGUCAUUGUUACAGAGUCUAUAAACAAUUUCUUAAAUUAUUAAAAACAUACUAAACAUCUGCUUACAAAGUUUCUGCUUUGAUUAAUUUGGUUCCUUAGAAUGCCUCAUUUGAACUCUUUCAAUCAGGAAUAUAUAGCGCAACUACAAGAGAAGCAGAAAAAAGUCAUCAGAGAUAAACAUAAAGAAUACAGUGCAGUAAGUAGUGAAAGAUAGCGCACCAUUUUGAGAUGACACUAUACAUUAAAAAAACUUGUACAUACAUUGUGUUGAUUAUAAAUAAAGUUAAGCUUUAUAUAAAUAUAUAUGGUUGUGAGUGCAUGAAUAUUUCUUAUGAUAGAUUUUAAAAUGAUUAAUUGAUUAUUGGAUGUGAAUGGUUCAGGCAGUAAUAAUAAGAUACUUUGCUAGUGUAUAAUUCAUUACCAAAAUGUUCACAUAUGUUUAUCAUGUUUUGGUUCAACUUUCUGUGAAACCUUUUAUAUACAUGAGACUUUUGUUUAUAUCAGACAUUGCAGAAUCACUACUAUGCUUCUAUAAACUCUUUAUUACUAUUGAUUGACAGGCUAAACUGGACAAGUCCAAGAUCGAAGCUUAUUCCAAGAAAGCAGCCAGAUCAGCGGCUGAAUUUAAUGCCACCCUGAUGCGUGACAGGAAGGAAGAAAGGAGGGCUUACUUUGACCUUCAGACCUAUGUUAGUUUAUCUCAGUUAAAAAAAAUAUAAUUUUAUCACUAAACAAAAUGACUGAGCAGUUUGAAAACACUUCUGGAGCUUGACCCAAUAUUCUUUGAAAAAUUUACCCACAGCCUUUUUCAAUGCUCAAGUACCCAAAUUUCAGCUCAAGUAUCCCACUUUUGGCCUAGGUAUCUCAAUACGAUGUCAUGUAUCCCACAGACUAUUCACUUUCCAAAGCACAAGUUCAAGACACUUCCAGCUAAAUACACUAAAGUUGGCGCGUACCCGGUGGCUCUCAUUGCAGGACAGUAUCAGGAUAAUUAUAAAAAGUUAGUGAUUUAAAUUAUUUUAUUUAUUUAUUUAUUUAUUUUUUUAAAUCAAAAGUCAUUCAAGAUUACAUUUAUAAUCUGUACUGGUAUUGGGUAUUUGAGAGUGUUGAAUGAAAGCAAGUUAGAUUUUGUUAAAAUUGUAUUUACUGAAUCGCUGGGCUUUUACGCAAUCUUUUACUUUUCUAAGGAGUCAGCUGGGGUCCAUGCACCCUUUAGUUUUGUAUUUAUUCAAGCGUAUUUUCAUUUGAAACCAUAAGGUACUCAUCAGAAGAGAUCAAGUAUUUACCUGUCAAAACUGCUCUGUUAGACCCCCCAAAGCUGGUGAAAUAUGUGUGUGCUCCACCGGCUGGAGUCAAGCUAGUCAGUGCAGAACAGGUGAGUUGCUUUAUAUGCUGUUAGAAGGCCUACUUUGGUUCCUACUUCAUUGUGCCAUAUCAAUAAAUACCCAGGCAAAAAUUAUUUUUGUUAUUAGUAAAAUGCAAAGACUACAACGUCUAUCCACCCAGAUGGGAUUACAUGUUACAUUUAGAAUUCGCAUAGAAAAAUAUUACUAGAAACGGGAAAAGAUGCUAGAAUUAUUUCUUAUUCUAUGGGUAUGAAUUGUUUGUGGUAACGAAUGACAAAAAUAUUGAGAACAUAAAUUAAAUGGCACAAAUUACCUAAAAUUAUGGCGAGACACCAUCUUUUUGUUGCUGAUCACUUUGUUUAGAAAGAGGUAGAAAUAUAGUGCCAUCUAUAGUUUGGUUAGAGGUGGAAAUAUAGAGCCAUCUAUAGUUUGGAUAGAGGUGGAAAUAUAGAGCCAUCUAUAGUUUGGGUAGAGGUGGAAAUAUAGUGCCAUCUAUAGUUUUGAUAGAGGUAGAAAUAUAGUGCCAUCUAUAGUUUGUUUGGAUAGAGGUAGAAAUAUAGUGCCAUCUGUAGUUUGUUUGAAUAGAGGUAGAAAUAUAGUGCCAUCUACCGCUCGGGGUAACUUUCUUUGGUUUGUGUUGGGGAGGGGGGUAAAAAUCAGGCCACAGUAGCGUAAUGUCAUUUACACUAAUUUACAGAUAUCCUUAAGUCCUUUCUACUAGUUCCUUCAUUUUGUCUUGUUUUAAGCACGAAGAAAGGCUUUUAGCAAAAACGUUUGUGUUAUUGUUCUGAUUGAUAUUUCAAGCUUCCAUACCAAAUGUCCUGUUCCCAAGUUUGUGUUAUUGUUCUGAUUGAUAUUUCAAGCAUCCAUACAAAAUGUCCUGUUCCCAAGUUUGUGUUAUUGUUCUGAUUGAUAUUUCAAGCUUCCAUACCAAAUGUCCUGUUCCCAAUUUUCCCUUCAAUGUUUCAAGCAAGGAUUUUUUUGUUAAAACAAUAACAGCAAUAAUUUUUAAUCAACAGAAACUAGUGUCAGGAUCUGAUGGAGAAGAAAGUGAUAGUAGUGGAGAGGAAGACGACAGCCCAGAUAUUGACAACCUUGGUGAGAAUGAUAGUGUGGACAAUAAAACUGGUGUUCCUGAUGAUGGUGAGAUAACCAUUGUAAAAGUAGAGAAAAGGACAAAGUCUUCAUCGAAGAAGAAAGCAGCCAAGUUGGGCGUAACUCCUGAAAAAGUAAAGAAGUCUGUGAAGAAGAACAAAGAACUGGAUGCUGAUAAAAUGGAUGAUAAAACUAGUCAAGAUGAUGAUGAGAAUGGAGGAAGCAAGAUGCCUGGUAAAGUAAGUCACCAGGUUAUUUGGCUGGCAUGACCAGCUGGAACAUGAGCUGCUCACCCAUGCAGUUAUUUUUUUUAAUCUAGUCUUGUCCAGGGUUUCCCAACCCCUUCGUUCUUGCAGUGGGUGCGAGGUGGCUGUUCAAUGGGUUUGAGGAAAAGAACAGAGGAGAGAUUAGCUCUUAAGUAAUGAUAGAAGUUUAUAAAUAUAUAUAUUUUAUUAUGUAAGUUCUCUUGCAAUUCAAUAAAUAGUUUAGAAGUCCAUUGUUUGAACAUUUCAAAAGCCAUCGUUACUUUUUUAGUUGGUGGGAGAGUUAGUUAAACAAUUUGUAAGGGUUGUGAAUAAUAGAAAAGAUUGGGAAACACUGGUGUAGUCAGUAAAGUGAGUGAGAAAUUAUUUAUUAACUUUUGAAUUUUGGGAAACACUGGUCCAGUCAGUAAAGUAAGUGAGAAAUUAUUGAUUAGCUUUUGAAUUUGUGACCAUCUGUGUGAUUAUUCACAUUUGUAUUUUCAUAAUUAUUAUUUUUAUUAUUAGCAGCUCAAAAUUUUCUUCACACCUUUCAGCUGUUUAUCUCUGCUUUGAUAAAAUUUUCUUUAUUGAAGAGUACCCUGAGAAACAGCAAUAACCAAAUAUGUGGCCUCCAUUACUUAACACAGCUUCAUCAAAUACAACACCCAUCUAGGUAUUUCAUUUAGUCCUCGAGUGCCGACUCGUACCGGAGGAAACGGCAACGGAUUGCCAAUUCUGUCUAUUGGGUGUUUCUGUAGGAGCUGUCACUCUGGUUAGGUUUCUGUUCUGCUGGUCCUUCUCUGUUCCACGCAUGUCUUUUUUUGGGUCUUUUCCUGGUUGGUUUUUCUAGAGCAAUCUAGUUUUUUUUUAAAUUUUAACACAUAUAAUUCUAUCAAUUUCAUGAUCACAUUUCUCAGAUCCAUGGACUUGAGAAAUGUCGUAUCUGUAAGAAGAGAUCAACGAAAGAUGAAAGAAAAAGCGGUAAACUGGUCAAGUGUGCCGAAUGUGGUAAAAUAGGUAACUACUGAAUUUUUCUCAUUAAUUCCAAUGAUACUUCAUGGUGACCUGUGUUUUUAGUUGUUUUAAUAUAAUGUUAAUCUCUGUAACACUGUGGUUGCAGUGUUACUUCUUAUAAAGAUUACUAUAUAAACCCAGGGCUGUGGGAAGGGCCGCUUGCCUGUCCUGAGCACAUAAUUUUUAAUGCAAAAUAUGUGCAAUAAUAUGUACUGUAUUUGCCGGGGGUAUAGAACACAGUGGCAAAUAAGAUGCACACUUUUGGAUACAUUUUGUUAAGGAGAAAAUCUAAAUUACAUCAAAAGUCUUUUAAAAUUUUGUCCAGGUCACAUGAGCUGUCUUGACCUAACUGAAGAGUUGGUGGCUGUGAUUAAGACCUACCCCUGGCAGUGUAUGGAGUGUAAGACGUGUAUUGAAUGUCUUGAUCCUUAUGAUGAGGUUUGUAACUUUUAAUGAUCUGUUUUUUUUUUAAACGUAGCAUUUUUAAAGAUCAAUAAUUGUUAUGUUAUUUUCAUUAGUAUUCCCUAAUGUAGUGAAGAAUACUCAGUAUACAGUUUUUUAAUGAAUGGAUCUUUUUAUGUUAUCUCGAAUUUUGUUUAAUAUAAAAGAAUUAGGGAAUUAUUUUUUUUUACUUAAUAUAGGCUAUUCUCCCAAAAUAUUAUUGACUAGCCAGACGCUCAUUGACUAUGGUGUCAAAAUGUUUUCCAGGAUAAAAUGAUGUUCUGUGAUCGCUGUGACAGAGGUUAUCACACAUUCUGUAUUGGGCUGUCAGCCCUUCCAACGGGCCACUGGGAGUGUAAGAGUUGUGAGGGAUGUCCCAAGAUAUUACCCAAAACACAGUAAGUCAUUCUUUGAAGGAAGCUGGCCUGUGCAUGAAUUAUUUUCUUGAUUGUUCAGUCAAUGGAGUGUUUAAUUUAGGGAUCAUGCUGACAUUUAAGCUUCAAAUUUGACAAGAGAUUCCAAUUUUUAAAACAAAGUAAUUUACUGGUCGGUAUAAAUUUUUAUUUUAGCCUUGUUAUGUCAUAAUAUUCACAAAAUAGCUUCUGCCACUGGAUAAUUUUAAGCUUUUUUUACAAUUAUUUUUGUUCUGUUUCCUAUAGACCAAGGAAAAAUGUGAAAGUCAUCAUACCUGAUAUAAAGCCAGAGACAAACAUCAAAGAGGAGGAGAUUUCUAUCAAUAUGAUUGAUGACAAAUCCACCUGUGCUGUGUUGGGGGACACUUUAGACGAAUCUAAUGUGGGGGUUGGUCAGAUUCUAGGGCUGGGUCAGGUCAUGGAGGUGGUUCCGGUUGUGGGGGUUGGUCAGGCUGUGGGUAUGGGUCAGGUUUUAGAGGUUGGUCAGGUCCUGGGGGUGGGUCCAGUUCUGGGGGUGGGUCCAGUUAUG